GUGCUUAUGAUCAACAACUCCGGUGAAUCAUUAAUAGAAGUUGUUGUGGUCGCUGCCGCUGCCGGAAGGACACUCGUGGGAGUGACGGUAGCUCGAUGAGUGCAAUGGACAAUGGACGCGGUAGUUGUGAAAUUUCGUGGGGUUUUGGGUUGGACAAGGGACGUAGAACUUCAAUGGAGGAUGCCAUUGCCAUUGUUCCGGAGUUUCUUUCUCCAGCUAGAUGGAAAGAUGACGGGUCCGUGAAAGAGAAACCUUUAGUUCAUUAUUUUGGCUUGUUCGAUGGUCAUGGAGGCCCUCAGGUGAGUAAUUAUUGUUCAAAGAAGUUCCAUGAACUAUUAGCCGAAGAGUGGAACAGAUGGGUUUCUGAAAAUGGUCAGCAAGAGCGAUGGGAAAUGGCAUUGACGAGGUCUUAUGAGAGGGUUGAUGAUGCCUUCAAGGAUAAGACUCUGGCCCCAUAUUCAGUUGGAUCUACCGCUUUGGUUGUUCUUCUGUCAGCUUGCCAAAUAAUUGUUGCCAACUGUGGUGACUCUAGAGCAUUGCUUUGUCGUGGGAAUCAAGCCAUUCCCUUGACAGUUGACCACAAGAUUAGCAGGCCAGAUGAAUAUGAUAGACUUGUUAAGGGAGGAGCGAAAAUUCUGUUUGUAGGCUGCCCUAGGGUCGAAGGAGUGCUAGCAAUCACCAGAGCAAUAGGUGAUCAUUACUUGAAACCGUGGAUUAUAUUUGAACCGGAGAUUACGUUCACAUCGAGGAGCGAGGAAGACGAGUGUUUGAUUAUGGCAAGUGAUGGAGUAUGGGAUGUGUUAUCCAACGAUGAUGUGAUGAAGAUGGCUUGCAGCGUACUGAGAAGGCAACGCAAGAAGUUGGGGGUUGGUGGAGCUGGUAAUGUAAUUUAUCCAGCACAAUGUGCUGCAAAUAAAAUACGCAAGGAAGCUAGUAAUUUGAGUGGCGAUAACAUCUCAGUUAUUGUAGUUGACUUAAAGCACCAAAUGAGGGGUCUCUAAACUGAGCGAUGAAAACAAUAUCACCUUACAGGUUGGCUUGGUAGAAGCAUGGUGAUCUGUAUAGAAACUAGACUUAGACUUGAUCAUUGUACAAACCACUGCAACUCUGUUCCUUUUCUAUUCUACUUUGUUAUAAAGGUUUGGUGUGUGUUUCUUUAUU